UUUGUUUCCUUUUCCUCCCUUCUCUUCUGUCGCCUUUCGAAGGUUGGGGAAAGGCCUUCGCAGAAAUUAAAAAGCUAGAGAGAGAGAGAGAGAGAGAGAGAGAAUCUCAAUGUUCUUUUGAUUCUCCUUAUAGUAAAUUAGGGUUUCCUAUUUGAUUUCGCCCCCUUUCGAGAGCUCAAUCUCCCGCCUUUUAUUCGUCUCCUUCCUCCUCUUGCUCCAAAACCCUAACUUUGCUUCGCUCGCUAUUAUCAAUUCCUCGGAUCGAUUUGGUGCUGGACGUGGAGGAAUCAGUGAUGGGCGCCCCGGAUAAGCCACAAUCUAAUUCCAAUUCGAUGCAGAGAGUGAAGGUGUAUCAUUUGAAUGAAGAUGGUAAAUGGGAUGAUAGAGGAACUGGGCAUGUAAGCAUCGACUACGUGGAGCGUUCUGAAGAACUCAGUCUAUGUGUAAUCGAUGAAGAUGAUAACGAGACGUUGCUUGUGCAUCCCAUCAACACUGAGGAUAUUUACAGGAAGCAAGAAGACACAAUAAUCUCGUGGAGAGAUCCAGAGCGGUCGACAGAAUUGGCUUUGAGCUUUCAAGAGACUGCGGGUUGCUCUUAUGUAUGGGAUCAGAUCUGCACUAUGCAACGAAACUUGUAUGUCAGCUCUCUGAACAGUGAACCAUUCCCUAGCCUGAAUAGUGAGUUGAGGGAGCUUCCUGCUGUAGAGCUUACUACCCUUCCCUUAAUACUGAAGAUUGUUACAGAGAACGGCAUGUCAGAUCAGAUGCGUCUAACUGAACUUAUAUUGAAGGAUGUAAGUUAUAAAGUAUUCUUGUCCUGGCCAGUUCAAUUUAGUGUGAUAUGCUUGCAUUCUCUCUGGGAAAUCUUAUUCAUUCCAUGCUUAAUUUUUCUUUCAUGCUGUCACUAG